AUGCCUCCACACCAAAGGCCUUCAGCUCUAGAAGAUGAGACGCGUGUCCACCUGAGGCCUUCAGCUCUAGAUGAGACGCGCCCCCACCAGAAGCCUUCAACUCUAGAAGAUGAGAUGCCUCCACACCAGAGGCCUUCAGCUCUAGAAGAUGAGACGUGUCUCCACCUGAGGCCUUCAGCUCUAGAUGAGUUGCGUCUCCACCAGAGGCCUUCAGCUCUAGAAGAUGAGACGCGUCUCCACCUGAGGCCUUCAGCUCUAGAUGAGACGCAUCCCCACCAGAGGCCUUCAGCUCUAGAAGAUGAGACGCGUCUCCACCUAAGGCCUUCAGCUCUAAAAGAUGAGACGCGUCCCCACCAGAAGCCUUCAGCUCUAGAAGAUGAUAUGCCUCCACACCAGAGGCCUUCAGCUCUAGAAGAUGAGACGCGUCCCCACCAGAGUCCUUCAGCUCGUUCAUGA